AAAUGAUAUUGCACUUCAACAAAAAUACUUUACAGCUGCCUUUAUCAGUCCAUUCAAAUGCUUCAAAUACAUAGACACAAUAUACAUUAUAUUUAAAGUAAAAGACCGGCAGUAGCUUAUAAUGUUACUACAGUAAAUGAAUGCAUAUUAAUACAAAGAGUAAACCAGGGGAAAAAAGACGAAGACGCCUCCUUGAUUGUCUCGUUAAGAUGACGCUGAAGAGCAUUCCAAAAAAAUAGUUUUUUUGACCCCUACACGCUCUCACUCCGGAGGGUAAACCCUUUGUAGGGAUUAGUGCACAGGGAUGAGCCCUUCCGAAUGGAACGCAGGGCCAAUCACUAAUGGACUGUCUCAAUAUCAAAAAAUACAGCAUGUUAUUUAUAUAAAAUAUUAUUUAUUGAACAAUAAUAUUUAAAUUAGCAACAAUAGCCAUUAUAACAGUAUAAGAAGUAAAAUAUGAAAUAAACACAAGCAAACAGUUCAGUCAAAUGUACAAAAUCUGUGCUCUAGUUAGUACAUAUUUCAAUAUAAAUAUAAAUUUAAUAUAGCCCUUAAGCCAAAUCUAUUAGCUCUGGAACAAGUAAUAGAUUAAUAAGACCAAAGACUGCCCGUUUGAUAUACCCAAAAUGAAUUAUACCUCAUGUUUAAAUACUAUUUACAUAAGAGCCAGCGACAAAUUCCCAAAGGACUGGCAGAUAUGAAGCUGUUCUCUGCGGGUACAUGAGCGCUGAAUGGUCGCUGACGGCCUGGAGUUUGCAUCUCCGAAGGCGUCUAAACAAAUUUUCAAAUAGGCGCUAUGCUUACAUAUAAAUCGCAUAUCUGAAGUCUAAACUAUAUUCUCGCCUAAACUACAUUUCGUUACAAAAUAACAGUAGCAUCUAUAAAAAUAUGGUGGGUUUACUCAUCUGCCAUGACACUCACUGUGAGAAUGUUGACAGCGGAGUGAUUCAAACUGUGAAACGGUUCCCGUAGCGAUACUGGUAGAAUAUCACAUGGCUGAAAAGACCUUUCAGCCAAUCAGAUUCAAGAACCAAACGAACUGUUGUUAAAAUUUAUUUAUAUCUGUAUUUAUAUCGGCAAAUGUUCGUCCAAGCAUAUCCCUCAAUUGGAGGCAUAGGAUAGGAUGUCCUACCUGCGUGUCAACAUAUGUUUAACAUCAGACACCAUACGUCAUCAGCGCGUUUCAAGAGCCAAAACAAGCCAAAACAAUGAGCUUAUAUUGCGUUUACGCCAUAACUACUGUAAUUUGGAAGAGAUGGAAACCUGUGACGUUAUACUCGGAGCGGUUUGUUACUGGAAUUUAGGCGUUUCAACGGCAAAACUAUCAACGUCGAAAUUAAUCUGCAGCAGUCAGGUGGUACAGGUCAGAGCUCUUUAAGUUGUUUAAAUUCAUUAUUAUUGUAAUGUUAUAUGCUUUGAGACAUGAGGUAGUUUAACGCCAUCUCUCGCGACACUUUUGUUUGCUCCCUGCUGUACGCGUUCAUGUGUUUUUGAGGAGGUGUGGCUUUAGAGACGCACUGAAGUGAGGGUGGGAUCCUAUGCUUUCAAAGCUAGCUCGCUAUUGCUAGCCUCUCCGAAAAUGACCUACCCUACCUUUAAGGUGAUUAAAUGUUUAUGACUUGAUUUUACCACUGUUAAACUAAUUAUAAUGAGGUGUUGAUUACCUGAGAACACUGACUGAAGGAGAAGAAAAACAAAACCAGCAAUCUCAGCUCUACUUGACAGUCUACAAACCCCGUUUGUGUAGUAGUCUGUCAGUGUUAAUAUAUAUUUAUGUGACCCUUGCCAUUGUUUGUACACUCUGAGCUUGGCAACAUGAAAGACACCGUGGAUCAAGCGACACCCACCAUGAAGCAAAUAGAUUUCUUAUCGAGUAACAGAGGUGAAGACUGAUAUCUAUGUGACCAGUUUUGGGCCAGUAUCAGACACAGACAUGGAAUACACAGUGGAUGUGUUUUUCCGUCAGCGCUGGACAGACGAGCGGCUGAAGUUUCACGGGCCGAUGAACAUCCUGCGUCUCAACAACCUGAUGGCCAGUAAAAUAUGGACCCCAGACACUUUCUUUCACAACGGCAAGAAAUCUGUGGCUCACAACAUGACCAUGCCUAAUAAACUGCUGCGCAUCAUGGAGAACGGCACUCUACUGUACACCAUGAGGUUGACAGUGCAAGCUGAAUGCCCAAUGCAUCUCGAGGACUUUCCAAUGGAUUUCCAUUCUUGCCCACUGAAAUUUGGCAGCUAUGCUUACACUCUGACAGAGGUGACGUAUGUUUGGACACGCAAUGCCACCUUAUCGGUGGAAGUAGCUCCGGAUGGAUCUAGACUUAACCAGUAUGACCUGAUGGGACAGACUGUUGGAAAGGAAACCAUCAAGUCCAGUACUGGUGAAUAUACAGUGAUGACUGCCCAUUUCCAUCUGAAGAGGAAGAUUGGAUACUUUGUGAUCCAGACGUACCUGCCUUGCAUAAUGACCGUCAUCCUAUCCCAAGUCUCUUUUUGGCUCAACCGAGAGUCUGUCCCUGCACGCACAGUUUUUGGUGUGACUACAGUGCUAACGAUGACCACUCUGAGUAUCAGCGCUCGAAACUCUUUACCAAAGGUGGCCUACGCCACAGCCAUGGACUGGUUCAUAGCUGUGUGCUACGCAUUUGUUUUCUCUGCUCUCAUCGAGUUUGCCACUGUAAACUACUUCACCAAGCGCGGCUGGGCCUGGGAUGGAAAGAGCAUUGUCAAUGAUAAGAAAAAGGAGACGUCCGUUAUGAAAAAGAAUAACGCGUAUGCAGUCGCUGUGGCAAACUACGCGCCCCACAUUGCGAAGGACUCGGCUCUGCCCACCGUCUCUAAGAGCGCCACAGCGGAGCCCAGUAAACCUCAACCGGUGGCUAAAGAAGCAAAGAAGACCUUCAACAGCGUCAGCAAGAUUGACCGUAUGUCCCGCAUCAUCUUUCCAGUGCUUUUUGGCAGCUUUAACUUGGUUUAUUGGGCCACAUAUCUCAACAGAGAACCUGUUAUAAAGAACAUGGUGCCCUCCCAGUGAGCCAUUAUUAUUCACAGUAUGCUACAUACAAAAUUAUAUAUAUAUAUAUAUAUAUAUAUAUAUAUAUAAAAUAAGUGCUGUCAACGUUAAUGUGUUAAUGCAUGCGAUUAAUUUUUUCCAGUUUAACGCGUUAAAAAUAUUUAAUGCUAUUAACGCAGCAUCCAUUUUUCCGUUAUAAUUUGGCUAGCAUUAUAAUAUUGUAAACCAUUUAAGCACGCCAAAAGAGAAAAAGGGAACACGCUGCUGCCUGUGAAUGUCCUAUCUCGCACACGGCGCACAGAAAGACACCAGUAUCGAGUUCUCUGUCACGCUUAAACGAACAAUAACAUACACGAUAAUGCCAAAAAUGUCUGUGUUGUCGAGUAUCCUCAUUAGAGCAGCCUUGAAUGAGUUAAAGUCUUAAACGAAAGUAGAGUUGUGAGAAAGUGGGAUGCGUGCGAUAUCCGCGUCAUGUGCAGCAGCAGCAGCUCUUAAAGUGACAGCAACCAAAAUAAUUGAGACAAUAACAGAGAAAAUUACUCACUGCUCUUGACUAAAGAACUUUUGUAGCUUUAAUAAUGAUUAAUCUAUAGUUAAUUUAGGCUAUAAAUUAUGCAGUGCAGACUGUUCAAUUUCUGUAUUUUUGCUAUCUGUUGGACAGGCACGGGUAGGCUAAAUAUGACAUGUUUUAUGGGUUUAUGUGAGGAUCGUUCCAAGUUCUCUUAAAUUAAAAGUUGUUAUAUUUUUGAAGCUGAAUAAAUGUAAAAAAAAAAAAAAAGAUAGCUUUCAAUUACACUGUAAUGUUGAAUGGCUAUAAUUCAUGUUUAAAGUUAAAAAAUCUAUUUCAUCGAGACAUCAGUAGCAGUAAUAGUAUCAGUGAUAAUGGCCUUCAUUGAUAAAAGUAUGCCAUUAAACAAGUAUUAUACUGUUUUUAUGUUGUUUCUGUAUGUUGUUUUAAUUUGGAGUUUAACUGUAAAAUUAUUACAUUAUAAAAUAUAUUAAAAACUUAUAUAAACGUGUUUUAAUUGCGAUUAAUGACAGAAAAAAUGUGUGAUUAAUCAAGUUAUUUUUUUAAUCGAUUGACAGCACUAAUAUAUAUAUAUAUAUAUAUAUAUUAUUGUAUAUGGUGAAUUCAGGUAAAUUGGGACACUUUUUUUCAUUGAGAUGACUAAACUAUCCUAAACUAACCAUAUCUAUCUAUCUAGAAAAAUUGUGGUAUUCAAGAACCAAAAUUUUGUACAUAUUCUUCAGUGUACUUUUGAUGUUUCUGAUGUUUGCUUACAAUCUUGCCACUGCCAGGACAAUUUGAAGAGAGCAUCUUAGCAUGCUUUAAUGAGACAAAUGACCUUUGUUUCACAGCUUUAUUUUUGUAUGUUGUUGUGUGAUUUCUGAGAAUUUAACUGAUCGUUUUCCCUUGCCUUUUUAUGCAGUGUUUACUGGCAUUUUCAUACAGACCUCAUAUUUGUUUUUAAUUUUUUAACGUGUAUUCUGUAUUUAUAAUAUAUCAACCUCCAUUUAAACAAAGUGUUUAUGUCUGUGUCCGUAUUUUGGCUAAAUUAUGAAUUAAGCUCACAAGGUAUGGUGCAUCAAAGACAUAGUGUUUAAAAUGAAAGUGAUUGCUGUGUUGUUUUGUUAGAGCUGCACUACCGUAUCUGUGAAACAGAUCACUGCACUUUUAUAUUGACUGAUGUAGCAUUUCAAGUCAAUUUAAUAUGGCACUUUAAUUAUUUUUUGUUUGCAUCAAAUCUGAUUGCAUAUUAGCUUUUCACACACAACACGCACCUGUGCAUCUGAUUCUCAGCCGUGAGCGAUUUAUCAAUGAAAGCAGCACACACCCACAUGUGGUUUAAAGCUAAAUAAUUCAUUGAUUUUGUCUGAAGCACCUCUGCGCACUGUAUUGUUGUGGAUACUUUGAUCCGUGAGCUCAGUCUCAAGUGGAAUUAGCACUGCAUUUGAGCCAUUUCUGUUUCUUUGGUCCACGUUGAGUGGAAACUGCUGCUGGGUUUUUCCCAAAUAGUUUUGGCUGAUUUAAAUUUUUAAUUUUGCUUGUCAUUAGGUUUAAAUGAGAGCAAUAUGUUGGUCUUGCUGUAUAUGUUACUCAAAUUGUGACCAUUGAAACUCAUAUUAGCUUAAUGUUGCAGCAGUGACAUGAUGUUGUUCAUAUGGUAUUGUCAGUAUUUUGUCUACUGUAGCUUCAGGAUUAAUGCCGAUAAAGGUUAUAAUGGGCUUCUCAGUAUGAUGUAUAUGCCUAAUGAUGCCAUGAAAAUGGGAAUCAAAAUGUACUGUUCGCUCAAUAUAUCAUGUGUCAAAGAGUUUGAGAGUUUUCAUUACCAACAUCAACAAUCCUGACAAGUGUAAACGCUUGAUCGAACUACUGUGGGCUUACUUUCAACAGCUUUUCAGUUUGCCAUACUGUUCUCAGUUUUCUGCCUGGGCAAAAACAAAGCUCCCCUGUUGACUGAAAUAAAGUGUUGUCAAAGCCAACGUGGUUCAGUUAC